CAGCGCGCGCGCCCGUUCUUAAAAAAAUGGCGUCAGGGGUAGGGAGAAAACGGAGAAGGCACCGCUCAACUGUGGGAGAUUUACUAAAUUUUGAGCCCGAGGAGAAUCCUCUGUGGCGAAGAGAAGAACCAACGGUGCCUCCAGUUGGUGACAUGGUCAAAGAUAUCGUAGGAUAUCAAAAAGGAUGGAAUUCCGUGAAGGAAAAAUGCGAUGCCAGCGCCGUUCAGAGACAAUUCCUGGAGAGGUUUCUCUUUCACUGCAAUCGAGAGGAAGAUCACGGCUGCGGGACUUUCGAGGAAACACGGGAAUGUCUUGCCUUUGGAAAUAAAGUGGAUUAUGCAACGCUGUCCCCGCAACAGAAAGAAACUGUGGACUUGAAAGAGGCCUACGAAUAUUUGCUGGACAUCAAAGAUGGAGAAACGGAUUUGAAAUGCCAUGGCAUGAUUGCGGAAUCCAUGCUUCGCGAAGUUAACAAAAUCCUACUCAAAAGUGCGACCACAAAAUCAGGCCGCACUAAGGCGGGGCAUUACAGUGAUAAACGCCGUUUCACAACCUUUGAAGGAGAGUUUUAUGAGUAUCCGAAUCCAGCUGACAUGCAUAAUGCCGUCAAUAAUAUUUUAGACAGAUUUAACUCUCUUCUUGAAGAAGCGAGGAAUGACACUCCCAUUGAAACACAUUCUCAAGAAACUCAGAUUGAUGAACAAGAAGAUGAAGUGAAGCUUCUCUGUUUAUACAAAGCUUGUUCUUGGCUGGUGUUUGAGAUACUUGACUUGCAUCCGUUUGGAGACGGCAACGGGAGACUGUGCCGGCUGCUUUGCAGCUACGUGCUCUCCACAUGCACUCCUUUUCCUACCCCGAUCUACAACAUCUGGAGCACGUCCUGCAAAAUGGACUACCAGAAAGCUCUUGUUCAGGCCAGGAAGUCAGACACCCGUCAUCCAAAGGCCUUGGCCACCAUGAUCAUUGAAUGUAGCUGGCAUGGCUGGAAAGAAUUCCAUUACAAAAUUAAAGGGGAAACACAGGCUGGCAAACAGGUUGUGUUGGAGAAUGAGAUGCUUCACUUGCAUCCGUUUGGAGAUGGCAACAGGAGACUGUGCUGGCAGCUUUGCAGCUACAUGCUCUCCACAUGCAAUUCUUUUCCCAUGCCAAUCUACAACAUCGUGAGCAAGCCCUGCAAAAAUGACUACACAAAAGCUCUUGUUCAGACCAGAAAGUCGGGCACCUUUCAUCCAAGGGCUUUGGUCACCAUGAUCAUUGAAUGCGGCUGCCAUAGCUGGAAAGAGUUCCUCAACAAUUUACGUGCAGCACAGGUUGGCAAACAGGGCAAAGGACAUUGUACUUUGGAAAGGAAGAGCAGAGCUCACAGACUUUCAAGUCAAUAUCAGAAGAUGGAACUGAGUAAACUGUCAAGUAACACGUAUGAACAUUGGAGGAGGAUUAUUCAGUGUUUUCUGUUAGGCAUGGCUCUUUAGGCCUUUCCACACGGACAAGUUCUAGAACUAGAAGGCACGCUCCAACUAUUCGGGCGAUUCACAAUGCAGUGCGCCACCAAGAGUUUGCCAUGGAGAGUUCAUUUUUCAAGUUUAUGGUCGACAAAACAUGGCCCAUUUGAACAAGUGUCAGUAAAAAACUUGAACUAAUUUGUUACAGAUUGGGGCGUACCGUUCUGCCGCCUUACAAAAAACUCCAUAUUGAUAAAAAGAAAAGGGCAAACAUUACAUUCGAAUCAUACUUUUACAAACUUUCUGGCCGGAAAAACUAACAAUUUCAAAUG